UACUUCCGUGGUUUUCCCUCUCUGUAAAAACUCCAAAUUUCACUGCGGAAGAGAAGAAGAAGGAAGAAGAAGAAUAAUAAGAAGGAAGUGGAGGAGAAAGAGAGUAGUAGCAGCGGCAGCACGAAGCGGGAAACCUCUCGAGGAUUGGAGUGAAAUUGAUGUAUCAGUGUUUUUAACUCCCUCUGGUUUUACGCGAUCAGGAUUUCGAUGCGUACGUAGGCGGGCAGGGGUGAGGAGUGGCUUCGCUAAUUUUAUUGGGCUAACUGCAUGAUAGUGCAGAGCGGAGAAUUUGCGUGUCAAUGACGUCGGAUGGUUAUUACUCUUCGAAAAAGAGGGAUGAUAUAUGUGCCGAUUUUUGUGGUCAGCAACCUUCUCCAUCACUCCUAAGCAUGUCAAGACUCCGGUGUCUGCUCCUUGGAUUAGAUUAUAAGUUGUUUCUCUUUCUGUUCAUCAUUGUUCCAUCAGCAGUCUUCACCAUAUAUUGUCAUGGACAGAAGGUUACCUACUUUCUUCGGCCCCUAUGGCAGUCCCCUCCGAAGCCUUUCAUCCCUGUUGUCCACUACUACAAUGAAAAUGUUUCCAUGGCUACGCUAUGCAGCCUUCAUGGUUGGGGCAUCCGUGAGUACCCAAGACGAGUGUAUGAUGCAGUCUUGUUCAGCAAUGAAGUGGACAUGCUUACCAUUAGAUGGAACGAACUGUAUCCUUACAUCACAGAGUUUGUGCUGCUGGAAUCCAAUUCUACAUUCACUGCUUUACCAAAGCCUCUCAACUUUGCCAUUCACCGGGAUGAGUUCAAAUUCAUUGAGCCUCGACUGACUUAUGGGGUUAUUGGUGGAAGAUUCAGGAAAGGCGAGAACCCAUUUAUCGAAGAGGCAUAUCAGAGGCUCGCACUUGAUCAGCUUCUCAAAGUUGCAGGGAUAGAGGAUGACGAUUUGCUCAUAAUGUCUGAUGUUGACGAGAUCCCUAGUGCCCAUACAAUCAAUCUCCUCAGAUGGUGCGAUGACAUUCCUCCCAUACUUCAUCUGCAUCUCAGGAACUACUUGUACUCAUACGAAUUCGAAAUUGUUCACCCGAGUUGGAGAGCUACAGUGCACAGAUACCGGAAAGGGAAGACUAGAUAUGCACACUAUCGUCAAUCUGACUACCUUCUGGCAGACUCUGGCUGGCAUUGUAGCUUUUGCUUCCGAUACAUCAAUGACUUUGUUUUCAAGAUGAAAGCCUACAGCCACACCGAUCGUGUGAGGUUUUCUCACUUCCUCAGCCAUAAGAGGAUUCAAGACAUCAUCUGCAAAGGAGCUGAUUUGUUCGAUAUGCUGCCGGAGGAGUUCACCUUCCGGGACAUUAUAAAGAGGAUGGGCCCUAUCCCUCAUUCUUUUUCAGCAGUUCAUCUUCCAGCUUAUCUAUUGGAAAACAAGGACAAGUACAGAUACCUGUUGCCUGGAAAUUGCAUAAGAGAACAGUAGGAGCAGCUUAGCUACCUGAGGCACAUUUUGGGACAUGGUACAUGCAGUUUUAUCAUUUAUCUUAUCUUAUAUAAUAUAUAUAUAUAUAUAUAUAAUGUAGAGAUGGUUUAGGAAGAAAGACUUAGAUGAACUCUUAUGGCUUCCCAUCAUAUUCUGAUUCCAAUUUUCAUGUAAAUGACUUGAUAGGCAGGCUGACUGACUUUAGUAGAGGCUAUCACAUUUUGCACUGUCCUCUCUCUCUCU